AUCGUUGAAUCUUGAUUAAAUUGCAUCAAAGUACACUCAUAAGCUAUAACAGAGUUUAGAUAACAUUUUGAUUUUUGAUUUAUCGGCGUACCGAAAAGUCUAUGAACUUAUUUCAUCCUGCAGAUGGUGGCAGGGACAAGAACAAGAAGUGCCAAGCUGGGCUAAAUUGAUGGUUGCCCGGGUUAACAUGUACCAAAUAUGGAGUAAAUAAUUAAAUAAAGUACAUACCUAUAUAGUAAAUAUAUGAGUAUUGCAAUAUUUUUUCAUGACUUUGGAACAUAUCUUAGAGAUCCUUUAUGACAUGUCUGAAAGAUUGCGCUGCAUUUGGUCGCGUAGCAACGACUAACAAAAUUUGUUUUAAAUGUUUUCUUGAAAUAUUUCACGAUUUCAAUAAGUAUCGAUAACAUCACGCAAUGAAUUUUCCCGAAAUGAAUGGAUUUCAAAUACCACGGAGAUUUGUGAAGAAUAAUGAGACUGCAAUAAGCAAUCUCUGCAGUAAAAGUUCAGCAAUGCUGCACGAUAUCCGAGAAAUCGUUGAAAAACUAAUGGACGGAAACGAUAUUAUGGUGGACAGCGAGUCUCCUGAAACUAUUGGCUUGUGUGAGAAAUUAAAAGUUGUUCUGACUGGUGCAAACCCAGAGCUCAACCUGACUCGUGAAGAAAUUCGAACAGUUCUGCUGGGUUUCCCGUUCGUAUUCGAUGUUCCAGUUCGAGUUUACAUCAUUACUAGAUGCGAACAAAUUAAAACUUACAAUUAUCUGUCGGACCAUUCGCAAAUUAAACAAUUUAUAUCGGAUGUAUUGUAUUUGGACUCGCAUGGUUUAGUUACUGACAUCUGGAUGUAUCUGACUGGUUUUAUUGAAAUUAUUAUUAUGAAACUAAGAAAAUGUGAAACUAAUCAGCAUAAAAUGGAAUUAUGCCAAUAUUUAGUUAUGUUUGGGAGUUCUCCAAGAAUCGGUGCAAUGGUUAUAAAAAGUCUGCAAAUGAUUUUUGAAUCCUAUUUUUACUACUUACACGGAAUCAUGGAGGCUAAGUUGAAACCUUCCGACACAGAAGUAGAGACGCUGAUGAUGGUCAUUCAUACUAUAAUUGAAAUACUUGAACAAAAUGGCAACGUCAAGAACUCGGGCGAAUUGCAGGAUAUUAAAAAGACUAUUGAAACCAUAUCACUUCUCAAAAAAGUAGUUCUUAAUCGUGUUUUUGUCGCAGAUAUCGAGUAUUGUCUUGGUUUAAUGCCACUUUAAGUUCAAACAAUGAUUGGGAUGAUUAUGUUUGUGAUAAUUACAAAAACUGCUAUUUAUGAUUUACGAUCAUUGUUUAUAAUGAUUUCAAUUUGUUAUCUAAUUAUGAAUUCUUAUAAAUAAAAUAUAAUUUCACAUA